CUCAUAGGCAUACAGGGGAGUGGCACGGGCUCAUCAUCGCCAUGGAGACAGUCCAGGAAAGAGAGCUGCUGCAGCUGCAGCUGCAGGGCUGGCCUUCUUUCCACGCCAUGCCGGCCAGCUUCGACGCCGGCAGCGGCUACACCUACAGCGGCAGCAGCAUCAGCAGCGUCGGCGGCAACGGGUUCCUGCUCGGAUGGGAGCCUCCGUUCGGGUGCUUCGUCGCCGCCGACGCGCAGCUCCACGACCUCUUCCCCCUCUGCGUGGAGUCCCUGCCGGUGCCGCCGGCCGCGACGUCGACGGCCCACCCGACUGAGGCGUCGCACGGCGCGGCGGCGACGCCCACCGGGGAGCUCGGCGACUUCUUCCUGGUACGCAAGCAGAACCUAUCCUUAUCCCCCAAUUUCUGGAACGCCACCGGCGCCUACGACGAACAGCCGGUCGCCAUCAGUUCCAGCUGCGUCCUGCAGCAGCUGGAGCACGAGAAGGGCAGCGCUGCCACGGCCACCACCAGCAACCCAUUCCUAUACGAUGAUGACGACGACGAUCCUCUGGGCUCGAUCUUCUCCAAGAGGCCCACAUUGCCAACGGUGCCCGUGUUCCCGGCCCCGGCGGAGGAGCAGCCUCUCCUGAGUUCCUCCUCCUCCAGCAGCCACGGCGACGCGGGCCCACACGGCAGCGACGGCGGCGGGGGCCAGACGCAGGACGCCUCCACCAACUCCGGGCCAAGUGGCGCGCCGGCCCCGCCUCCCUGUUCCUCCUCGUUGAAACGCGCGACACCGGAAGCGUCGGAGUCGACGGAGGCGGAGUGCAGCCAGAGCGGCGGCGGGAAGCGGCCGAAGACGGAGGCGACGACGCGAGUGCUGUGCCCGUUCGCGGUGCUGAAGCCCGACGGGCUCGACGGCGGCGCCACGCUGGCGGACAUCAACGCGCGCAUCCUCAUGCGCCCGGCGCGGCCCGUGCGCCACCCCGUCGGCGAGUACGCAUGCGCGCCGCGCGCGCUGGCCGUCGACGUGCCCGGCAUCUCCGGCAGGGCCGUCUCUGGGUUCGCCAGGCUGCACACAGCAGGACGAGGCACCAUUACCAUCAUGAGGACAAGAGGGUAGCUCGCGAACGCAUGCAUCAUCAUUGCUGAAUAGCUCUCUAGUAACGGUACCCAUGGAUGAUGAUGGUUGAGGACGACGAUGUAGAUUAGCCCGGCGAGGCGGCGAUGUGGUAAAUUAGCUAGAUGCUCUCUAGCUAGUACCGCAUCCUCAAGUUCCAAUGCCAUGUAAUUAUAUGCUCGAUUAGCAUAAGUAAGGAAUGAAUAAAAUUCUUCCUUUUCUUGUAUUGAUCUUUUCCUCAGAGGCUCUGAUGAAGAAAGAUUUCCUCGGAUCGUCGCU